AUGAUGGGAAGUUCCUUUGAUGCUGAUUCGAGUAUUAGCAGUUCACUAAUGAGAGGUACACUAAUGAGAGGUACACUGACGAGCGAUACAUUAACGGAUGGCUCACUAAUGAGUAACCGUCUCAUGAACAGUAGAUGCAAGUCGAAGAAACUCCCAUGGGUGAUCACCACUUGGGGAAGGACACGUAAAAGAGAAUCCGAAAUGUACAGUACGGAUGGAUUUCCUUUCGAUUUGGGAGGAACUUUUUCCUUAUCAGGAAAGAAUAUCAAAAUGAACAUAUUCAAAAAUGUAUGGAUGGAUGAACAUGAAUUGACAUACAGAUCGGAAGAAGAUUUAUACAACUACACUUACCAAUCAAGAUACAGCAGACAGAGUGAGUUAAAAGUAAAAAUGGAUGAAUAUUCACUGAAAAGGAGAGUUAUACCACCCAUAGGAGAAGUGGAGAAGAAGAUGAGGAAGAUGAAAAAGAAAAUAAAUAAAAUAAAAAUAAAUUCUUGCAUGAUGGAUAAUAGGAGCGAUGAAGAUGCCUCAGCAAUAGAUACAGAAAAUUGGAAAGGACGAGAAGGGGAAAAUAAAAGUGGUGUGAAUAUGAAGAGAGGAAAAUAUAGUCAUAGCAAUAGGAUGAGAAAUAAUUAUGACAUUACUCUCUUUGGAUUGAAAAAUGUAAAUAUGAGAAAUAUUUUUACAAAUCAUGGGAUACACGACAUGGAUAAAAUAUGCAACAUUCAGAAAGAAGUGGAGGAGUAUGUUGGUGGUGGUGGUGAAAAUAACAUCCUUUUCGAAAAUGCAUGGACAAAUAUAAAGCUGAACGAAUGUAAACACAAAGUGCAUUUAGAAGAUCCUAUUGGGAAUUCCCCAUAUUUAUCGUAUCCCAUACAAUUUUGCAUUGAAGAAACAAAAGAAAGUAGACAUGUUUCUAAAGAACCUUACAAAAUUUUAAGUGCACCUAAUUUGGUAGACGAUUUUUAUUUAAAUUUAUUAGAUUGGUCAAAAAAGAAUAUAAUUAGUAUUGCUCUGAAUGAUAAGUUAUGUAUUUGGAAUGAGAAUAUAUCUAAAGGGGAUGAAUUAUUCACUUUAAAAAAAAAAAAGACAAAGAAGAUGGAGAAAAAAAAGAAAAGAAUAAACGACAAAAAAAAAUCAAUUACAUCAUUAAAAUGGGAUUUUUUUGGAAACAGCAUAGCUGUUGGUUUAUCAAAUGGAAUAGUCGAAAUUUGGGAUGUGGAGAAAAACAUAAAAAUAAGAAAAUAUAAAAACCAUAAAUUAAGAGUUGGUACAUUAUGUUGGUAUUAUAACACUUUAACUACAGGUAGUAAGGAUAAAAAAAUUAUUUGUUCCGAUAUUAGAUGUAAAGAAAAUAGCUAUUUACAUCUAAAUAGUCAUACAUCAGAAAUAUGUGGACUAAAGUGGAAUUAUAACACUAAGCAAUUAGCUUCAGGAGGUAACGAUAAUUCUGUAUAUAUAUGGGAAUGGAGAAAAAAUGAUUUUCUUUUUCAAUUUUCCAAACACAAGGCUGCAGUGAAGGCUCUUUCUUGGUGUCCACAUAAACAUAAUUUAUUAGCUACUGGAGGAGGGUCUGCUGAUAAAAAUAUAUACUUUUGGAAUACCACAAAUGGAAAUUGUGUAAAUCAAGUACAUACAAAUUCACAAGUUUCAAAUAUAUUUUGGUCAAAAAAUACUCAUGAAUUUAUUUCCACCCAUAGUUAUUCUCUUGCUCAAAUUGUACUCUGGAAUUAUCCUAAAUUGAGAAAAAUUUCUACUCUCAGUGGACAUAAGUUGAGAAUAUUGUACGGAUCUCUAAGUCCAAAUGGAGAAUCUAUUGCCACUGGUUCGCCUGAUGAGACCGUACGAUUGUGGAACGUUUUCCCUGGGAAGGAUGUCCACAUGGGGUGGUCCACUGGGCGUGGGAAUUACCUUUCACACUUGUUUCCAUUUUCAAAUUGUUAUGAACAGGUCAGGUAA